AAAAGUGAGAAAUCUACCUUCUGUUUUUAGAUACGGAAGGAGAAUGUUGCCUUUUUUAGAAUUUGAGUCAUUGUAAUAGUGAAAGGUUUGAAUGGGAAUGAGUGAGGACACUGGCUACAUUGGUGUAGUUGAAAGUAUUAAAGAAAAGCACUUCCUUCUCAGUGGAUUUACCUAGGGUUCUAGUAAUGUCAAAUACAUGAGCCAGAUUCAUGGCAGGAAAGAAAUGGCACAUGAUAAUUAGUAAUUUGAAGAGAUCUUAAUGAGGGUAUAUUUAUGAAGGAUUAAGAAGGAUUUAAGGAAACCAGCAAGGACUAUUCCAGUGGCAUCCCAGUAUUGCUAACAGUUGGGAGCUAAUACUUCUCCUCAGUAGGCAAUGUGAAAAAGCCAUUCCUAGAAUCCGAAGGGAAGAGCUACAUAGACAAGACAGUGGAACUAGGGUAAAAGAGGUAGUAUGUAGAUGCACUUCAUAUUUAUAGGUGUACUUCAAAGGCUUCAACCGAGUACCUCCUUUUGUUCUUUACAUCCUAUGAAGGGUUGCUUCUGGGUGAAUCCAUUAUCAUUCUAUUGGCAUCUUGUAACAAAUCUUCUCUUGUUAUAUUAUUAAUGAACGUGGAAUAACUGAGAUCAUUACAUUGUUUUGUUUUGUUUUGUUUUGUUUUCCUAUAUUCCUCUGAAGUUCAUGCACUAAACAUUCUAAUGCAGGUCUUUGUUCCCUUUGUGGUUUUGUUUUUUUUUUCUUUUUUUCCUCCCCCAGCCAUGGCCUUAUUCCUGGAGUUGCUGUUCCUGGCUCUUGUGUUGCUUCCAUUCUUUCCUGCAAAUGGACAGGAUCCAUCCUUUGCUGCUUUGUCAACUACUCGAACACAAGUCCAAAAAGAGAUUGUAGAUAAACACAAUGAACUAAGGAGAUCAGUCUCUCCACCUGCCAGCAACAUGCUAAAGAUGGAAUGGAGCAGAGAAGCAGCAGCAAAUGCCCAAAAAUGGGCAAACAAGUGCACUUUAAAACACAGCAAUGCAGAAGACCGAAAAACCAGUACAAGCUGUGGUGAGAAUCUCUAUAUGUCAUCUCACCCUAAGUCAUGGUCAGCCCCAAUCCAAAACUGGUAUGAUGAGAAGGACAAUUUUAUCUAUGGUAAGGGAGAAAAGACUGCUGGUGCAGUUGUUGGACAUUAUACCCAGGUUGUCUGGUACUCCUCUUACCACGUUGGAUGUGGAGUGGCCUAUUGUCCCAAUCAAGAUAUUCUGAAAUAUUACUAUGUUUGCCAAUAUUGUCCUGCUGGUAAUCAUCUUAACAAGAUAAAUACACCCUACCUAGAAGGAAAGCCUUGUGCCAGCUGCCCUUAUGACUGUGACAAUGGACUAUGCACCAAUGUUUGCAAGUAUGAAGAUAAGUAUCAAAACUGUAAUGAUUUGAAGAAAACACUAACCUGUGACCAUAGUCUUCCCAAGGACAAUUGCAAGGCUUCCUGCUAUUGUAAAGAUAAAAUUUAUUAAAUACCCAAUACAGACUGAGGGGGGCUGAGUGGAGAAGGGCCACACUAUCUACUUAGAUGUGACAUUAGCAAAGAUAUUGUCAGCAUGUUGGCUACAAACUUGAUUCCAAGUAAUAAGGAGUCUUUUUCUCUUGGAUCUACUUUUUAUUUUACAGAAAUUUCUUUCAUCAAAGGAUUAAAAAGUUACAUAAUCUAUGAUUAUAUUAUCUGUUGCUCAUGUAAAAAUUAUGAGCGAUAAGGAAAUUCUGAGAAGCUAUUACAGACAAGAGGAGACUAAGAAAACAUGAAAACUAAAUGGAACGUGGUCUCUCAGAUCAGAUUCUGGAACACAAAAAGGUCAUUAAUGGAAAAAGUGGUGAAAUCUGAAUAGGGUCUGAAUUGUUUUUGAUAGUAAUGUCUCUUUCUUAUUCUUGACAAAUGUCCUAGGGUUAUACAAGAUGAUAACAUGAGGGGAAACUGAAACUGGGUGAAGAGUAUAUAGGAAUUCUCUGCACUAUCUUAGCAAAAUGUCUAUAAAUCUAAAAAUACUCCAAAAUAAAAAGUGCAUUAAAAAAAAAACACUUUUCGUGGCUCCAUAAUGCUUGGAAAAUUCUCCUCUUGAUUAUCUGGUUAUUCUUUCUCAGAUACCCCUCCCCCAGUGUCUCUACUCCAUUGCUAAAUGUUUGAUUUUAUUUUUUCAUGGACCUUCCAGAUAAUACCAAUGAUUGGACUGUCAAAUUAGACUCAUAUCCUUAUCCAGUGUCAAGAUUCACUAUUUCAAGGACAGGAAUAGUCAUGGGGUAAAG